CCGACUAUGUCCUGAGAGCGGGAUGUGAGUGACCUGAGCCCUCGCGAGACCCCGCCCCCGCCCGCAGCAGGUGGCCGGGCACAGCCAAGAAGAAAGCCCUGCCAGCUCUCCCGGGUGCGGGGACGCGCGCGCCCACCUUCGCGGAGACUUCCGGGAUCCCGGAGGGGGCGGAAGUCGAGGCCUCUUUCGCUUCCGGCUCGGCCAUUGUUUUUGCUUUAACGGGCAGUAGAGGUGUCCGGCUUCGGUGCUGAGUGCCACUGCGAGUGGGCCGGGGCGCGGAGGGAGGCGCGGCCGGAGCUCGGGUGGCCGACGCUGGCCCGGACCGCGCUUCUUCGCGGCAGCAGGCGGCACGGUCCCCGUGACUCUCAGAAGCCGCCCAAUGUGGAGCCGCUUCUUUGUCCCAUACCCCUGACCAUUCGUGCGUGGCACGGAGCCGGGUAUCUGCGGGUACAGCGAUGAACAGGGCAGACGUGGCCAGGUGAGCGGCGCUGCUGAAGCCUGGUGUAACACGAAAGGCAACACUACCAUCACCCUUCUCUCCAACCCUGAAAAACAGCUCCUGAGACCUGAACUAUAGACCGUCAUUUUAAUCGGACCAAUUGCAGCUGGAACAAGCUUCUCUUUGGGGUCACAAUGACCACUUCAGGCAGGGGAAAUUUAGGCCUCAUCCCCAGGAGUACUGCUUUCCAGAAGCAGGAGGGGCGCCUGACUGUGAAGCAGGAGCCAGCGAACCAGAGCUGGGGGCAGGGCAGCAGUCUCCAAAAGAACCAUCCUCCUGUCUGCGAAAUCUUCCGGCUACACUUCAGGCAAUUAUGUUACCACGAGAUGUCUGGGCCACAGGAAGCGUUGAGCCGGCUCCGGGAGCUCUGCCACUGGUGGCUCAUGCCAGAGGUGCACACCAAGGAGCAGAUCCUGGAGCUGCUGGUGCUCGAGCAGUUCCUGAGCAUCCUCCCUGGGGAGCUCCGUACCUGGGUGCAGCUGCAUCACCCUGAGAGUGGUGAGGAGGCUGUGGCUGUGGUGGAGGAUUUCCAGAGACACCUCAGUGGACCAGAGGAGGUUUCAGCCCCAGCACAGAAACAGAAAAUGCAUUUGGAGGACACAGCAGCUCUGGGUGCAACAAAGGAAUCCCCUCCUACGUCACCCCUCAGUGGGGGCUCAGCCCCUGGAGCCCACCAGGCGCCUCCUUAUGACCCAGGGACACACCACCCCCCCAAUGGGGACUUCGCUCAAUGUGCUUCUCCAGUUCCUACCCUUCCUCAAGUGGGGAACUCAGGACUUCGGAUGGUCAGGCCCCAGGAUACUGUGGCAUAUGAGGACCUGUGUGUGGACUAUACUCAGAAGAAAUGGAAAUGUCCCGCACUCAGUCAGAGAGCCCUGCAGUGGAACAUGAUACCAGAAAAUGACCGUAGCAUGGCCUCCUUGGCAGGUGAGAACAUGAUGAAGGGUUCAGAGUUGACUCCAAAGCAGGAAAUUUUUAAAGGAUCAGAGUCAUCUAACAAGACAUCAGGGGGACUCUUUGGGAUGGUUCCUGGGGGAGCAGAGACUGGAGAUGUUUGUGAAGAUACUUCCAAAGAGUUAGAAGGACAAACCUCAGAUGAAGAAGGGAGCAAGCUAGAAAAUGAUUUCUUGGAAAUAACAGAUGAAGAUAAGAAAAAGUCCACAAAAGACAGAUACGACAAAUAUAAGGAAGUUGGGGAACAUCCACAUCUGUCCUCCAGUCCUGCUGAACAUGAAGGAGUUUUAAAGGGACAGAAAUCCUAUCGAUGUGAUGAAUGUGGCAAAACUUUCAAUCGGAGUUCUCACCUUAUUGGCCAUCAGAGAAUCCACACUGGAGAGAAACCCUAUGAGUGUAAUGAGUGUGGGAAGACCUUCAGGCAAACCUCCCAGCUCAUUGUUCAUCUCAGAACCCACACAGGGGAAAAACCCUAUGAAUGCAGUGAGUGUGGAAAGGCGUAUAGGCACAGCUCCCAUCUCAUUCAACAUCAGAGACUCCAUAAUGGGGAGAAACCCUAUAAAUGUAAUGAAUGUGCAAAAGCCUUUACUCAGAGUUCCCGACUCAUUGACCACCAGAGAACCCAUACUGGGGAGAAACCUUAUGAAUGCAAUGAGUGUGGAGAGGCAUUCAUUCGAAGUAAAAGUCUUGUUCGACAUCAGGUCCUGCACACUGGUAAGAAACCUUACAAAUGUAAUGAGUGUGGGAGAGCUUUCUGUUCCAAUAGAAAUCUCAUUGACCAUCAGAGAACCCACACUGGAGAGAAGCCUUAUGAGUGUAGUGAAUGUGGCAAAGCCUUCAGUCGGAGUAAAUGUCUUAUUCGACAUCAGAGCCUCCACACUGGCGAAAAGCCGUACAAAUGUAGUGAAUGUGGGAAAGCCUUCAAUCAGAACUCGCAACUCGUUGAGCAUGAGCGAAUUCAUACUGGAGAAAAACCUUUUGAAUGUAGCGAGUGUGGUAAGGCAUUCGGUCUGAGUAAAUGUCUUAUUCGGCACCAGAGACUUCACACAGGUGAGAAGCCUUAUAAAUGCAAUGAGUGUGGAAAAUCCUUCAAUCAAAACUCACAUCUUAUUAUACACCAGAGAAUUCACACUGGUGAGAAACCCUAUGAAUGUCAUGAGUGUGGGAAGGUCUUCAGUUAUAGCUCCAGCCUUAUGGUACAUCAGAGAACCCAUACUGGGGAAAAACCCUAUAAAUGCAAUGAUUGUGGGAAAGCUUUUAGUGACAGCUCACAGCUUAUUGUGCACCAGAGAGUCCACACUGGAGAGAAACCUUAUGAAUGUAUUAUGUGUGGGAAAGCCUUUAGUCAGAGUGCAAACCUCACGGUACAUGAGCGAAUCCACACGGGAGAGAAACCCUAUAAGUGUAAGGAGUGUGGAAAAGCCUUCAGCCAUAGCUCUAACCUUGUUGUUCAUCGGAGAAUCCACACUGGACUGAAGCCCUAUACAUGCAGUGAAUGUGGGAAAUCUUUCAGUGGAAAGUCACAUCUUAUUCGGCACCAGGGAAUCCACAGUGGGGAGAAAACGUAUGAAUGUAAAGAGUGUGGGAAAGCCUUUAGUCGGAGUUCGGGCCUUAUAUCACAUCACAGAGUUCACACUGGAGAGAAGCCCUAUACUUGCAUUGAGUGUGGGAAAGCCUUUAGCCGUAGUUCAAACCUUACUCAACAUCGGCAAAUGCACAGAGGAAAAAAAGUUUACAAAUGUAAGGAGUGUGGGAAAACAUGUGGUUCAAAUACAAAGAUUAUGGACCAUCAGAGAAUUCACACUGGGGAGAAGCCUUAUGAAUGUGAUGAGUGUGGAAAAGCUUUCAUCUUAAGGAAAACCCUUAAUGAACACCAGAGACUUCAUCGUAGAGAGAAACCUUACAAAUGUAAUGAGUGUGGGAAGGCUUUUACUUCUAAUCGAAACCUUGUUGAUCAUCAGAGAGUUCACACUGGAGAGAAACCCUAUAAAUGUAAUGAAUGUGGGAAAACCUUCAGGCAGACUUCUCAAGUUAUUCUACACUUGAGAACCCACACUAAGGAGAAACCCUAUAAAUGUAGUGAGUGUGGGAAAGCCUAUCGGUAUAGCUCACAGCUUAUUCAACACCAGAGAAAACAUAGUGAGGAGAAAGAAACCUUGUAGGUAACAAAUAUUGUGGGUAGUAGGGCUGACUGCUGCUUUUCUAAAAAGUGGCUCUUUAGUAUCAACUUUUUAAGUCUACUUCUAAGAAUCAUACAGGGAAAAUAAUUAGAAGUAGGCAAAGAUUAAUGAAAGGGAUGUUCAUGGCAGCAUCAUAUAUGACUGAAAGAAGAAAACCAGAUUUUUAGCAUUACAGGGUUGAAAUGAAUGAUGAGCUAUCCGUGUGAUGGUUCUGCAGCCAUUAUAAACAUUUUUAAAGACAAUUUAAUGCCAUGGAGAAAUGAUUUGGAUAAGAUGGAAGAUAAAACAAUGACAUACAAUCCAAAAUUUAAAAAAAUAUUUAUGCAUAGGAAAAAUUGGGAAGGAAGUAAACCAAAAUGUUAACAGUGAUCAUCUCUGGGUGAUAGGAUUAUAGGUGACUUCUAUUUUCUUCUGUGUACUUUUCUAUGCUUUCUAGAUUUUCUACAUGAGAAUAUACUAAUUUUAUAUUCAAGAAAAAAAGCACAGUAUUUUUUAAAUGCAAUGAAGACAUGCUCAUUUUCACUCAGCAGUGUUAUGAAAGGCACAUAGUAUAUAGAGCCCGAAGCCCUGGGAUUACGCCCUGACAUUGGCAUUUAGCAGCAGUGGAACCGCAAGCAAGUCCCUUCCUUUUAGAGCAUGUUUCCUGUUUAGUAAAAUCAUAAACACCAAUCCUUUGUCUUUUUUAGUUUUAAGACAAGCUGACUUUAGAGUUGUCAACAAAAUAUAACACUGUUAGGUUAAAAGAACACAGCAAAAAUUCACUGAACCCUCCUUUCCCACAGUUGUGGAAGGAUCUGCAGAUGAUGGAAAACAACCUAGGCUUCAUCUUUUCAAUAUAUGUCUAGACAACCAGAAAAAACUGAAAUUGAAACAAUUGUAGACUCAAAAACGUUAGAUACAUAUAAAACUAGUGGGAGACUCUGCCUUCACAUGGUAUAGAGAGCUGAAAGGCUAAAAGAACAAACUUUGGGGUUGGAGAGAUCCAUGUUCUAACCCCAGUUCUGCCAUGAACUAGCUUAUCAGUUUUGGACAAGUCACUUAACUGCUCUGAGCCUCAGACCUGUGUGUAAAAAAGGAAUAAUUGGCCGGGCGCGGUGGCUCAAGCCUGUAAUCCCAGCACUUUGGGAGGCCGAGACGGGCGGAUGACGAG